AUGGAGUCAGAGACAGGUGGAGCUAACAAACGCAAGAAGAAGAAGAAACAUCAAAUACAGCAACAGCAACAAGCAAAGAAAUCAAAUCUCCCUCUUCCACUUCCAAGUCCUCAAACACAUACUCAACCUCAACCCAUACAACAACAACAAGAAAAGGAGAAGGAGAAGGAGAAGAUAAUAGAGUAUGAUGUAAAUGGAAGAGAGAUAUGCUUCUUGUUUAGGAAGUUUCAAAAGUGUAGAUAUGGAGUCAAGUGCAAGAGAUCACAUCUAUUGAACUCACCAGAUACUCCAUCAACAGUGUUGUCAACAACAACAACAUCAGCAUCACCAGCUGGUGGUGUUGUCAACAUUGCCAACACCAACAAGACCGCGCACUCAGUUGUACAGAAGUUGAUGUCAUUGUUCAAUCAACCAAAGCUAACUGCGACACCGACUCCGACUCAGCAACAACGGCCACAACAAUUAGAGUUGACAAUGAUUGAGCAGUGUCGAGCAAAGAUGAUGAGGUCCACUGGGAAGCUUGUGUUGACAAGCACCACGCACAAGGUACCAAAGACACUGGCAAAGGAGAUCAAACGACAUCAUUGGCGAGUAAAGACUACAAUCGAUACAUUGCUUGCUGGUACACCACCAUUCAUUUAUCGCAAAUCAUUGACUACCAGUCAAAGACUCAAAGAUAUCAAUUAUAGUAGAAUGAGACCAUUAAUAUAUAUAAUGCUCAAACCUAUAUUAUCAUUGGAUGUUGAAGAAUGGUGGCUACAAAUGGUUGGUGACACCCUUUUGUCGAUGCUGUGUCGCAUUCACAUGGACCCAGUACGCAUUGAACAACGACUUGUACAAUGGGGAGUUGGGACGAUCAACGCACGCAAGUUGGUCGUCAUGCUCUGGAGUGUAAUGGCACAGUCAACUCAAUCAAAGCAUCGAAUAUCCAGUCUCGUACAGACGUGCGAGAGGGAAGUUAGAUCAGGUGACAUGCGAGCGAUAGAUUAUGCAAGAGCAUGUCAGUUCAGUGCCAAUCAAACAAAGCUUGCAUAUGAUGUCACAAGCAAGUUGACCAAUGAGUCGUCAGAGUCAAUCAAGUUAUCUCAAUCUCAAACAACAAGUCAAAGUCAGUCACAGACAUUGGCCAACAUUCACAAUCAAUCACAUGUUGGUGGCAAUGUAGUUAUAUCACUUACUGAACUCAAACGAAUCAAUAAUGUUGUUUCAAGUUCAUUGUCCAGUGAUCAACAACAACAACAACAGCAGUGGAAGGAGAGGAAGCGAAGAGAGCUGGAAAUGAUUUCAUCCAUCAUAUCAUCUUCAUCAUCAUCAUCACAACAUCCACCAACAUCUGGAAAUGGUUGA